GCCAUGUAAGUGGACACCAUACAUUCAUUUUGUAUGCUUGUUGAACUGCUGAAUGUUAAAAUGUCAAAACGCUGCUCUGCUGAUGUCCAAACACUGCUCUCUAGUGGUGGCAGGGUGUCAUUACAUGGUCCGUGAAUUGUGCAUGCAUUGAGAGAGAGUAAUGUUGUUAAAGUCGGACGUUAUUUGAGGUGUCCCACUGAAACAAUAAAAUGGUCACCAAAUUGUCCAUUUGACUCUGAGUGCUAUGCGCUCACAUAUCUGGCGAAAAUUAUAUGAUGGAGUUCAAUGCUUGUCACAAGCAUUUGUAUCAUGAAGUUGGCUGAAACCUUCCGUUGAAGGACAAAACCUUUGUAGUCCAUAACGCAAACUAAGUAGUGAAAAUACUAGCACAGAUCAGAGGAGAAGACAAAGCCAACAUGGACAAGAUGGAUGCUGAGCAGAGUCGAGAUGCUACAGAGGUUGGGGAAAUGAAUGAUGAGCGGGAUAAAGAUGAGCUUGAAGGUGAUGGUGAGGAACGUUGCUUCGAAAGGGAAACCUCCAAAGAAGACAAGUGUGUGUGUACAGAUGAAUACGCUGUCCAAAUUAAAGACGAAGAAAUAGAAGAGCUAAGGAAAACCUGCGAUGAAAUCAAGAUGGAAACCCAAAGAUGUAAGGAGGUUUGGGAGAUGGAAAGGACAAGAAUGGAGAGAGAAAGAGAAGUGUUUCAAAUGGACAUUUGGAAGCACUGUCGGUUAAAAAGUGUUUUCAAAGAUGAAGAGGAUGCCAUGUGCAAGGACCGGCAAGCCUUCCAGCUAGAGAAAGACGAAAUAGCCGAGCUCAGAAAAUUCUUGAAGGAAGAAGAAGACUACAUGAGUAAAGAACGAAAGGCCUUCCAGGUACAAAAAGAGGAAAUAGAGGAGUUGAGGAAAUUUCUCAAAGAGGAAGAGACCUUCAUGUCUCAAGAACGAACAGCUUUUCAGGUACAAAAAGAAGAAAUAGAGGAGCUGAGGAGAUUCUUUAAAGAUGAAGAAGACCUGCUGGCUAAAGAGAAAAUGACCUUCCAGAUUCAAAAAAGGGAACUAGAAGAAAUGAAGAAGAGCCACCAAGAGGAAGACGACCGUGUACGCAAGAACCGUGAGUGCCACCAGAGAGAGGUAGAAGAAAUGGUGGAGCUAAGGAAAGCCUACAUUCAGGAGCAGCUGGACAUACAGCAGAGCAGGGAGGCCCUGGACAUUGAAAAGAAGAACAUGGAGAAAGAAAGAGAGGAGUUCAAAAUAGACAUUUGGAAGCACUGCAAACUGAGGAAGGCCUUCAAUGAUGAAGAGGAUGCCAUGUGCAAGGACCGGAAGGCAUAUCAGAUCGAAAAAGAAGAAAUAGCUGAGCUGAGACACUCACUCAAAGAAGAGGAAGAGUUCAUGCACCAGGAAAGGAAGAACUUCCAUAAACAGAAAGAGGAAAUAGAGGAGCUGAGGAAGAUCCUCAAAGAGGAGGACGACCACAUGUGCAGGAACCGGGAAUGUUACCAGAAAGAAAGAGAAGAAAUAGCAGUGCUGAGGAAAACGCUUCUCCAGGAGAUGAUGGAGAUUGAGCAGAACAGAGAGGUGCGGAAGCUGGAGAGGAAGAACAUGGAGACGGAGAGAGAAGAGUUUGAGCAAGCAUUUCGAAAGCACUGCAUGUUUAGAGAAGUCUUUCGAGUGGAAAAAGAGCUGAUUGAAAGGGACCGGAAGGCGUUUCAGGUCGAAAAGGAAGAAAUAGCGAUGAUGAGAAAAGCCUACCUUCGAGAGAAGAUGGACAUCCAGCUGAACCGCAAUGGUUUCCAGAAGGAGAAGACGCACAUAGAGCAGGAGAGAAGAGAGUUUGAGAAAGAGCUUCACAAUCACUGUGUGAAGAGGAAGGCCUUUAAAGAAGAGGAGGAAUCAAUGAGCAAGGACAGGGUAGCCUUCAACAAAGAGAAGGAAAGAAUGGCAGAGAUAAGAAAAACCUUUGAUGAGAAAAUGGUGGAGAUCCUGCACGACUGGGAGGACUUGGUUCUGGAGAAGAAAAAGAUUGAAAAGGAGAGGCAGGAUUUCAAAAAAGAACGUCAGGAACAUUGCAUGAAGAGGAAGGCAUUUAAGGACGAGGAAGCGUCCAUGAGUAGGGAACGGAGAGCGUUCAAGAUUGAGAAAGAAGAAAUGGGCAUGAUGAGGAAAGCCUACCUGAAGGAAAAGAUCAACAUGGACAGGAGGGGCAGGGCAUUUUCAAAGGAUAAGAUGGGGAAUGAGAAGGAUGCAAAAAACGCAACUCUCGGUAAAAACCAGGACUGGGACAAGAAGCGAUACCACCAAACGUCCAGCAUCAUAAAGCACUUGUUCUCCUACUCAGUGGUAGACGGAGGAAGAUGAUCAUGAACUUACGAACACGCCAAGAGCUGCUCGAGUGGUCAGAUGAAGCAGUUACACAAAUGAACUCCACUUAUUGGAGCAGACCAACAGGGGGCACUGCUUUUGGGGUCGCUACACUGUAAUACUUACCUCAUAAGGACUGGAAUAAAAGUCCUGUCUACUUCAGUACUGUGCUCUUCUGGUUACAUUCUGUCUCUGAGGCCAUGACCUUCAGUCUUUUUUCAGACUGUCUGUCCUUGAAAUACCUCUUGCAGGAUUUCGUGAUGGCAAAGCUUAAAGGCUUCGAUAAACAUGCUCAUGUGACUAAAGUGAUGAAAUUGAUUAGGAUCGCUAGAGGUUGGUUAGAAAACAUGAUUUCUUCAGCGGUUGCGAAUGUGCUCUUCCACUGCUCGAUUCCAUGGUUGGUACUUCCCUUAGGCUGUAAACCAACAAAAACAUUUGGAUGUCUGCAUAAUGAUACAAUUCCUGAAUCAUGAAAUUUGGUGACAUGACAAUGACCUGUGAAAUUCUGGAGCCACUUGGAGAGCUGUGACUUACAAGCGGAGCACGGUGAUGAUGAACAUUUUGAUAUGGUGUUGGAUGCUCACCAUCUUCUCAUAUUCACGGUCACACUUAAAAAGACAUCUUGUACACAGACAAUGACUGUCCAGAGGCAUGAACACAUACUCUCUAUAUUUGAGCCGCUGUUCUAUCUAGCUGGACUCACAGAACCCCACCGCUUGACAGUAAGUCUCAAAACACCACUUCACUCAAACAGCCUAAAUCUGAGCUCACAACUUGUGUCACACUAAAAUCAUUUCAUUGGUGAAUGAGCAGCAACAGACACAUCUGCACUCCAAGUUGUUUAGUUCAUCCUCCAUCACGUCCAAGUAGUUUCAAGACCUGGCAGUAAGCAGAAACUCACCAGUACUUCAGAAUGUGGUCCAACAGUGUUGCAAUGGGCGGACCUUCAGCUGUGGCCUGUUCGUACAGAAGACCCCACGAGCCGUCCUCACCAACGACAAACUGGCACAACACAGACCAGUUAAGGUGUUGACAAAGCACAGGUUGACCUCCGAAACGGUCCAGCAGCUCACCUGAAGGGUUUUGUCAAACCAGCGGUUCCCGCUGUUGGAGAAGGUCCCGCCCCCGUGCAGAAUCUGGGCAGCCUUUCUACUAGCAUACCUGUCAAUUAAAAUAGUAUUU